CGGGUCCUCUUCGUCGAGAUGGGCUGGGGCUGCGACCAGCACGGCCAGGACCCGACGAAGGCCGCCGUGCGCGCGGCGCGCAACGCCAUCGAGUUCAACUCCAUCCCGUCCAUCGGCGCCGUCGUGCCCGGGGGCUACGACAACAUGAAGCUCGGCCUCGACGUCGCGCUGCCGCGGCGAUGCCACGGCGAGCUGGACCAGACCCAGCUGCGGGCCGUCUUCCCCUACGGCAAUAUCGCCUUCGUCGAGCUCCAGGACGGCGGCGCGCUCUUCCGGUCGGGCAUCGCGCUGCCGGCCAUGGGCGACCGGAACGACGACGCCAUCGUGGCGAUCGUCUCCGUAACCGUCGGCUAU